GCUGCUUCUGUACGUCCGACUUCAUACGCGCUUGAAACACCAAUGAAGCUGGAGACUGCAGGCAACAGCCGGACGGAGCAGACACUGGGACUUUGUUCAGCCCCUGAGCUGGCUGUGGUCAUGUUGAUCUUCUGGCACAGAACAUCCUGAAGAGCUCCACAAGGGGAGGAGACCACUGCAAAGUCCAGGAGAAUGAAGAGACUUAAGUGUCCCUGCCCAUGUCCCAUGCGAAGGAAGAUCCUGAUCCUGUGUGUUACGGGAUGGCUGAUUGCACUGCUGAAGCUCCUCCAUGUUGAAAGACACUUUUUUCCCUCCAAAGGCAUUUAUUUGGUUGAGCACUUCUUAAGCACUUCUUCUUUUGUUAGAAACAGAUAUUCCUACCUUAGAAAUGAGUUCCAAUAUGAAAUUAAUUGUUCAUCUAUAUAUGAACAAGAUCCCCAUGAAAUUGGCAAGAGUUUAGAAAUAAGAAGAAAAGAGAUAAUUGAUUUAGCUGAUGAAGAUGUUGUGGCAAUGAUCAAUGAUUGCCACAUAUAUCACUCACUUAGGAAAUACCACCUAAAACCUGUUUCUCCAGAGGAGGAGAGUUUUCCAAUCGCGUAUUCUUUGGUGGUUCACAAAGAUGCAGUAAUGGUAGAAAGGCUUAUACAUUCACUGUACAGUCAUCAAAAUAUUUACUGCAUUCAUUAUGACCAAAAAGCAGCAAAAAGUUUCAAAUCUGCUAUGAACAAUCUAGCUAAAUGUUUCCCUAACAUUUUCAUUGCAUCAAAAUUGGAGACAGUGAGCUAUGCACAUAUUUCACGACUACAAGCAGAUUUCAAUUGUCUGUCUGAUUUGAUGAACUCUUCAGUUCCCUGGAAGUAUGUUAUUAAUUUGUGUGGCCAAGAUUUCCCUUUGAGGUCAAAUUUUGAGUUGGUUGCUGAAUUGAAGAAACUGGGUGGAAGAAACAUGCUAGAAACUAUAAAGCCGAGCAGUAGCAAAAGAGAACGAUUUACUUAUCACUAUGAACUUACGAAAGUGCCUUAUGAAUACAUGCAGAUGCCUGUGAAGACAAACAUUUCCAAGAAUCCACCACCUCAUAAUAUUGAGGUAUUUGUAGGCAGUGCCUAUUUUGUUUUAAGCCGAGCAUUUAUAAAAUACACCCUUGAGAGCUCUCUUGCAAAAGAUUUUUUUGAGUGGUCAAGGGAUACAUACUCUCCUGAUGAACAUUUCUGGGCCACUCUUGUACGUGUUCCUGGUGUCCCUGGAGAAGUACCAAGGUCGUCUCAGGAUGUAACAGACCUACAAAGCAAAACUCGUCUGGUGAAAUGGAAUUACCUCGAAGACCAUUUAUAUCCUCCCUGCACUGGUACCCACCUUCGCAGUGUCUGCAUUUAUGGGGCUGCAGAACUAAGAUGGCUUCUGAGUUACGGGCACUGGUUUGCCAACAAGUUUGAUUCCAAAGUAGACCCUGUCCUGGUAAAAUGCUUGUCAGAAAAACUGGCAGAGCAACAGAAAGAGUGGAUAUAUUUGUCCUCUGAUAAAUACUUUCUGCACCUAAAUUCUAUGAAUGCCUCACUAUAGGAGCACCUUCUUCCCUGCUGUCAGUACUAUGUACUGUUACAGCACAGAGCCUGUGGUUCCUCUGCCUUGACCCACUGCAGGAUGUUAGCAAGCAAAGUGUCCAUUCUGCACAAAGUUGAGGGCCCUGGAGAGCCAGGUUCCUGACCAUUUAUUUAGGAAAAGUCUUGCCUCUCUGAUUAACUGCUUUGUAACUUUCCACAGUAAUUCUGUAAUUGUUCUUCAGGGUGAUUCUGAGAGGGUGAGAUUUGCUUUUGGGGUCUCUGGCACAGUCUGUCCCAGUGGAGUAUUUCAGAAACAUCAAGUUUGAAACAGAAACAUCAUGAUGUUUUACAUCAAGUGUGUUUGCGUCUUUCUGAAGAAACUCCAGUGCAUCUGUCUGCCAGUCCCCCUGUCCUUCACUUUUGUUUUUCUGUAAGGUAUGAAACAAAGACCUCUUUAUCUGCUACCUCAGGAAACUGGAAGUGCCCAGCUCAUGGACGAAACCAGAAGAGCAGCCUGAGACCAAAUGUGGCCUCACCUGAAGUCCCAAA